AGGGGGGGCGUUACAGAAGAACAUCGGUCCUUCUCGAACUUUCUGAGGGUAGAGUAUCGGGCAGAGACACGGAGACAGGAGGGAAGUUUAGUUAUAUUCCUGUGUUUAACGCUCCCCGGACUUACUGUGUGUGUGUGUGGAGUGUGUGGGGUGUGUGGGGAAUGCGGAGGGCUGGUGGGAGAGGAGUACGCCGCGUAAGCCGGGUGUGGGUGAGCGGGGAGCGGGUACUGGAAGCUGCAGGACUCGGUGUAAUUACAAGGGUAUUCGUGCAGGUGGAGGAAUGUUAACUAAAGCUAACCGGUUUGGUGAUAAAUGCGUGUUCUGAGCGGGUUCAGGGCGGAUUAGGCGGCUGGGGUUCAGUGUGGGUGGUGCUUGGAAGGGCUGAUGAUGGGGAAAGACUACUACAAGAUCCUGGGCAUCCAGAAAGGAGCUUCAGAGGAGGAGAUUAAGAAAGCGUACCGAAAACAGGCUCUCCGGUUUCACCCCGACAAAAACAAAGCCCCGGGGGCAGAGGACAAGUUUAAGGAGAUCGCAGAGGCUUACGACGUGCUGAGCGACUCCAAGAAGAAGGAGAUUUAUGACCGAUACGGAGAGGAGGGACUUAAAGGCCACUCUGGAGGGGGCGGCAGUGCUAAUGGCCCCAGCUACACGUUCCAUGGAGACCCACAUGCCAUGUUUGCGGAGUUCUUCGGUGGCCGCAGUCCGUUUGACCAGUUCUUUGCCCAUGGUGGGGACGACGACAUGGACGUUGAAGACCCUUUUGCCGCUUUUGGCAUGGGGGGCAUGGGCGGAAUGGGGGGCAUGGGUGGCUUCCCCAGGUCCUUUAAGUCUCGGGUAGGAGGUGGCCACGGAUGCCGUGAGAAGAAGAAAGACCCUCCAGUCAUCCACGAGCUCAAAGUGAGCCUGGAGGAAGUGUACUCUGGCUGCACCAAGAAAAUGAAGAUUUCCCGCAAGCGACUGAACACGGACGGCUGCUCCAUGCGAAACGAAGACAAGAUUCUGACGGUGGACAUCAAGCGUGGCUGGAAGGAGGGGACCAAGAUCACCUUCCCUAGAGAGGGCGACGAGACCCCAACCAACAUCCCGGCUGACAUCGUGUUUGUGGUCAAAGACAAGUCGCACCCGGUCUUCCGCAGAGACGGCUCUGAUAUCAUCUACACUGCGAGGAUAUCCCUUAGAGAUGCACUCUGUGGCUGCACGAUCAACGCUCCCACGCUAGAUGGCAGGUCCAUUACUGUGACGUCUCGUGACGUCAUCAAGCCGGGCAUGAAGAAGAGGAUCGUGGGAGAAGGACUGCCCCUGUCCAAAUGUCCAGAUAAGAGAGGGGACAUGGUGCUGGAGUUUCUGGUGAAGUUUCCGGAAAAGCUGACCCAGAACACUUGCGAAGCUCUGAUGCAAAUCCUCCCACCCUGAUCAGGGAUGGACCGGUCUGGAGGAAACGGUCCAGCCUGCUUCAGCGCACACGCUGAUGUUCAGUAGCAUCGGGAGGAGGUGGAUUAAAAAAAAAAAAAUCAGCCUACAUAGCCCACAUUUUUUAAAAUCAUUUCCUAAGUAUUAUUUAUAAACCCAUUACCUAUGUUCAGUGCAUCACUGUGAAACCUUUUAAAACUAACACAAUUACAGUGAAGCCUCAAGACCAACAGUAUGCAAGGUAUGCAUGAUACCUCAGAGUUGAAGAGGUGAAGCUACCUGCUUUCUGUUGCGUAUUAUUCCUGCAGGACAACGGAGAAUUCUUGUCUUAAAGGAGAAUUCCACUGAAGUUUUAUUAUUUUUUUAUUUGAGAGGAGAUGUCAGAGUCCUGUCAAAGUGGGUUUGAAAAGGUGUGAAAAGGUUCAUUGUACAGAAAGUCAACGAAGAAAGAUAGCUUUCAGCAUUAAUAUAGCCAUUUACUGUCUGAAACCACCAGCAAAUCUACUGGUACACUGGUCCUGCACAAGUCUUCUGUAUAUGUGAGUUGUAUAUGUGAUGUUGCACAUACCUCCUCUGAUAGAUACAUCCAACAUCUUUUUUUUUUUUUGUUCUCUUUGAACUGCUACCAAUGGGCACAAGGAAGGUGCCAGUUCCCCAGCUCUGAUGCUGGGGAUGGAUGUCUUUGCCAGACAAGUGGUUGGUUGAGUUUAUAGACAGACUGCAGCGGCCUGUGACUGCCCGCAUUGCAAUGGGAAUGACGUGGAGAGAGAGCGCCACCUGAGGGUGCUCACCCAGAGAGGGCAUGGGCAAAGGGGUGCUCUAACUGUACUGGUGCUCCCUGGAGAGCUUUGGUAAGAGCAUGGGAGCUGGGAGAGCCUGAGCAGCUGUGCUCUCUUGGGCACAAAGCAGCAUUAACUGUGUAAUUCACGGGGAUUCGCUCCAGUCACCAUCACUGUGAACAAUUCUGACUUGGACAGACUCUUCAGAAACAUGCAGUUCACACCACCACAUCACACGAAAUGGCUUUGUUUAUAUCUUGCAGGUUUAAUUAAGCAGUGAUUUUGGAAAUUGGUGGAAUUUCCUUUAAAAAGAUAAGCGAUCAUUGAAGAGAUGACAUAAAAUCACAUUAUCACAUUUAGUUCCCUGAAGAACUUCAGCGCUUUUAGUUCAUGGAAUUUAUGUUGAGAAGUUUUUUAGGGAGACAAAGUUUUUAUAAUUUAAUUUAUUUUUUUUUCUUUUCCCAAUGCAUCGCCGUUCAGAAAUCUUUUCUGCAUCUUUACAUUGAAGAUUAUUUUUAUUAUUAUUUUUUUUUACAUAGAUUUUUAUUUUCAUUUUACUUUCUUUCCUGUCUGGGGCUAAGCUUAUUUAUCUUUCCAUAUCAGAUAGACCGAACUACUUCAGAGUUUCUUUUUCUAUAUACCUCGUUCCCUUGUGUUCUGUGUUCUCCAUGGAAGCUAGAAAGAGUGAAGAGAUCUGAGACGCAGUCAUUGGAAGAAAAGGCAGACUUUCUUUUACUUGUGUUCGCUCCAGGAAUUCCACACAGGCCUUGUGCAUUUUCUCGCAGUGCUUCCAAAACUGGCCCUUCCUGUAUUGCAGCCUGUGCAAUUUCUGUACCUCAGGUAGGUUGAAACAUGUCUGAAUGUAGCUUUUAGCUACUCUGGGACGGUCUACACAUAACCACUGGGUUCCUGGUUGAUUUUAUAUGUUCGUUUUUGCAUUGUAUAGUCGCAAAUCAUGGCUCGAGUCAUUUGGAAGCCCAGUAAAAUGGAGUAGUCCACUGUUUUUCAACCUGAUGUCUAUUGAAAGUAAUUUUAGUUAUCACAAAUUAUAAACUUCCUACACUUAAAUACACCAAAUAGCAUGUUGCCUAUAGACGUCACACUAUAGAUAAGAAUCAUUAAUAGAUCAGUUAUAACAGAAUCAGUGCACUUUACAAUUUUUCCACUUCUUUAUUCAGACUAAUAUGUGGAAAUUGUUGUCCUUGGACACUAGGUUAAAAAACACUGGACUUAAGCUUUAAAUGUAAAGGUUGAUAAAGAAGUUUGUGUUGUCCAUUGAGAGGGAAAAAUACCCCUCUCAUUACCCCAAGACAACUUUCACUUACUUAGGGCAAAAGCGAACUGGGAUAAAGGCUUAGCGAUAAGCGUGUAUAUUUGAACAUUAAAUAAAUUAAUCACUUCUUAA